CGGUUGUCACUUUAUUCUCAACUUAUCGGAGGAGCCGCCAUUAUGAGUUCUUUCUCGGCCCUUGUUCCCUUCGCGGUCGCGUUGGCUGCUGUUUUCCUCGGCUGGAAGCUGUUCAGCAACAAGCAGCGCAAGGUCCUAAACCCCACUGAGUUCCAGCACUUCACCCUGAAGGCAAAGACCGACAUCUCCCACAAUGUGACCAUCUACCGUUUCGCUCUCCCCCGCCCCACCGAUAUCCUGGGUCUGCCCAUCGGCCAGCACAUCUCUCUCGCUGCCAACAUUGAGGGUCAGCCCAAGGAGGUUGUCCGCUCCUACACCCCCAUCUCCUCCGACAACGAGGCCGGCUACUUCGAUCUCCUGGUCAAGGCUUACCCCCAGGGUAACAUCUCCAAGUACUUGACUACCCUGCAGGUCGGUCAGACCAUGAAGGUCCGCGGCCCCAAGGGUGCCAUGGUCUACACUCCCAACAUGUGCCGUCACAUUGGUAUGAUCGCUGGAGGUACCGGUAUCACUCCCAUGUACCAGAUCAUCAAGGCUAUUGUCCGCAACCGCCCGCGCAACGGUGGCAACGACAACACCCAGGUCGACCUCAUCUUCGCCAACGUUAACCCUGAUGACAUCCUCAUGAAGGACGAGCUGGAGCAGCUGGCCAAGGAGGACGACCGUUUCCGCAUCUACUACGUCCUCAACAACCCCCCCGAGGGCUGGACCGGUGGCGUUGGUUUCGUCACCCCCGAUAUGAUCAAGGAACGCCUCCCUGCCCCUGCCAGCGACAUCAAGAUCCUCCUCUGCGGUCCUCCUCCCAUGGUCAGCGCCAUGAAGAAGGCCACCGAGUCUCUUGGUUACACCAAGGCUCGCCCCGUCAGCAAGCUCGAGGACCAGGUCUUCUGCUUCUAAGCGGUUCGCGCCUGGGUUGCAGUGUCUUGUAUUCGUCUCGCGAUCGGCUGGACCGGUGCCUGAGUGCCGGUACCUCCACACGCUAUAGAUAUGAUAGAACGUUACAUCAUGAAAGGUUGUAUCAUUGGUUAUCUUGGGGUUGCAGAUCUACGGUGUUAUGAGUGAAUGCGCAAAAGCGAAAUCUACCUAAAACGAAACGAUAUUGACGGGGCCAAUUUGCACUUGGUCUUUCAAACGAUAUGAUCUUAUCAUAAAUUCUCUGUGCACGGGUAUAGACAUUAUGAGUGGUAUUAAGUUCUCUGGCUAGACUUACUCCUGUACUUCGAUCAUGGCUUUCACCAUGGUCAGAAACUUCUUCCUGUACUCAUCUGGCGUGGU